AUGGUCCCUGCAUCCACAGGUUUCUCAGUUUAUGAAGCCAUCUUCUACAUAAACCAGGGAAACCCAUUUAAUCUAAAGGCUCUGGUGGACAAGUGGCCUGAUUUUAAUACAGUGGUUGUCCGCCCUCAAGAGCAGGAAAUGACAGAUUACCUUGAUCACUACACCAAUAGUUACCAAAUCUAUUCCAAGGACCCCAUGAAAUAUCAAGAAUUUCUUGGCUUGCCAGAAGUCAUAAACUGGAAACAACAUUUGCAGAUUCAAAGUUCACAGUCCAGCCUGGAUAAGGUGAUAGAAAAUCUUGCAGCCAUCAAUUUGGGCAGGGUCAAGCAAACACAGUGCAUUUUCUAUGUAAUUCCUGAGACAGCAAAGGAAUUGAUGACUUCACUGCUGAAUGCAAGAAAAUUACCCGACCGUGAAAAACUCAAGGUCAUCAACUAAGAGAUGUUUAAACUCUCAUCCCUGGACGUUACCCAUGCUGCCUUGGUGAAUAAAUUCUGGCAGUUUGGUGGCAAUGAGAGAAGCCAGAGAUUCAUCGAGUGCUGUAUCCAGACCUUCCCCAGCUUCUGUCUUCUGGGGCCGGAAGGGAACCCAGUGUCCUGGACUCUGAUGGACCACACUGGACAGCUGCAGAUGGAAGCCACUGUGCCUGAGUACCAGGGCUGGGAUCUCACUGCUCAUGUCAUCCAUUAUAAGAUUCAGGCUCUGGGAAAACUUGACUUCCCCAUGUAUCCCCAUGUGGAUCGGGCUAACCAUUCCAUGCCAGGACGAACACCUUCUAUGCUAUCCCCUUGCGCUGUGAUUGGAACCAGUGGAACUAUGUGCCUCUGUGAACCUGGCCCCAAACAUGAAACAGUGUUGGGUGGGCUGUGCAUGUGGCUGAAGGGGUGA